AUGGAAAGUACGCAAAUGGAAGCACCGAACGUCACGGAAACGUUGCAAGUGGAAACAUUGCAAGUCACGGAAACGGAAAUUUCGCAAGUGGAGGCAUCAGAAGUCAUGGAAUCGGGAUCAACGCAAAUGGAAACAUCGGAAGCAUCUCAAAAUCCCAUCGCUCAGAAUAAUAUUGCAGAAAUAUGUGCGUUUAAAAUCGAGAAACCUCGCAUGCCUAAAUUCACUGGAGAUAUUAGAGAAUAUGCAAUAUUCAAAUCAGAUUUUAAACAUCUUAUCGGAACAAAAUACAGCAACCGAGAUGCAAUUACACUUUUACGUACUGCGCUUACUGGAAAACCGUUAGAAAUGAUUAAAUUAGGCAUCGGAUCAGAUUACACUGCUGCCUGGGACUAUUUGGACUCUGUGUAUGGGGACCCUCAAUUUGUGAGUGACACAAUAGCCCAAGAUAUUGCGCGAUUCAAACCGUUGAAGAGUGAAGAAGAUCAUCGUUUCUGCGAGUUGGUGCAUUUGGUGCGAAGAAGUUUCAAUACCUUGAAAGAAGUUGACCGUCCUCAUGAUAUGGACAAUAAUCACAUGCUAGCGAUUAUUGAGCAGAGAAUGUGUGGUGAAGACCGAAAGACAUGGGCACGCCAUCUCGAGAAAGAGAAAAUCCAACCAAAGUUAUCAGAUUUAAUGGAUUGGAUGAAUGGAGAAAUGAAGUCCAGAAUGCGAGCAGCUGCACUGUAA